AAGCCACUACUAAAUCGUAUCGGUCAGAACAUAACGCCGGCAAACGGCUACGAGACUGCGUUUGGAGUUUCUUUUUCUCAAAUUUUUUGGAAGAGAAAUAGAGAGAAAAAGAGUUUAUCUAUGUGCGACUAUUAUAUUUAAAAAAGACAGAGAGAGAAAGAGUGAUUUUGGUUGAUCUCGUACACAGAAAAAGAACUUUUGGCAAACAGUGACGAUCAAGCAACUAGAUUUAACCGAUUCUAUCUCGGCAGAGUGUGAUACUUGCGUAGUUAUCAUCGUUAUUCUGAUUUACUUUCGAUUGAAUCGUUCUUUCUUCAUUUUUUUUUUAUUUAUUUAUUUUUUUUCUUCCUAUUUAUGUUUUUUUUUUAAUUUCAGUUUUUUUUUCCUGAUCAAUUUUUAAACAGUUCGUGUAAGAAAAAUUUCUAUCGCGAGAAUUUUGUGUUCGUUUGAUUAAGUAUUCCUUCUCAUUUUUCACUGAUUUUACCUUAUGCAGUAUUUGAUAAUUUUCAAUUAAAUAUUUCAACGAAGAUCUUUUUGCUAUUAUACACUUUGUGAUAAAAUAUAAGAGGAAGAAGAAAAUGACUUGCAAUAUUAAUAUAAUGAAUAGAAUAAGCUGUCUCCAGGUACUGAACAUUAUGGUGAUACUUGGUUUCAUGUUGAAUUAUAUGCUGCGCGUUAAUUUAACGAUAGCCAUCGUAUCGAUGGUAAUGCCGUAUAAUAAGUAUUCACAUUCCAAUAAUUCGCACGACAUCAUUCCAAUUGACAAUAAAACGAUAACGAGUGACGCAAUGAUAACGUCAAUAAAUGGGUCGACUUUUACUUCAAGUGUACAUGAGGAGCUUGAACAAACCAGGUAUCCGUGGAAUGAAUACGAGGUCAAUCUGAUUUUAGGAAGUUUUUAUUGGGGCUACAUUUGUACGGAAAUACCUGGAGGUAGAAUGGCAGAAAUUAUUGGGACCAGAAGAGUCUUUGGUUAUAGUAUGUUAUUGUCUAGCGCUAUUACUCUUUUAACACCACUUUUUGCGACUUUUGGAUAUGUUGCUGUGGCAACUCUAAGAAUUGCUCUUGGCUUUAUGCUGGGAGUUACUUGGCCUGCAAUUCAACCUAUGACUGCUCGAUGGAUUCCACCGAACGAACGUAGCAAAUUCGUAUCUAAUAUGAUGGCAUCCUCGUUGGGUGCAGCGAUCACAUUGCCAAUUUGCGGUUUCCUCAUUGCCUCUCUCGGAUGGGAAUUUGUUUUCUACGUAACGGGAAUGGUCGGAUUGACGUGGAGUAUCGCGUGGUUCUAUUUCGUCUAUGAUUCACCCUCGCAACACCCACGUAUUUCUGUUGAAGAACGAAACUACAUCGAAGAAUCCAUAGGAACGACUUCUUCCACCAAGCAUUUUCCAGUACCGUGGAAAUCAAUUUUCACCUCGUUACCCGUUUGGGCAAUUCUAAUAACGCACGGAUGUAGCGUUUUCGGAUAUUUCACUGUGGUUAAUCAAUUACCUACUUAUAUGAAAUAUAUAUUAAACUUUAACAUCAAAGAGAAUGGAAUAUUAUCUUCGUUGCCUUAUCUUGGUAAAUAUAUUUUUGCCUUGACAACAGCGACAUUGGCCGAUUAUCUUCGUCGUACGAAUAAACUAUCGGUUACUGCAAUUCGAAAAAUUUUUACCACUUUUGCCGUAUUGAGUCCAGGACUCCUUAUGAUAGCUCAAGCAUACCUUGGUCGUGAUCCUACGACGUCCGUUAUCAUUUUUACGGUUGCUUUGACGAUAAAUGGUGCUGUGACAGCUGGUUAUCUUGGUAACGGUCUUGAUAUCGCUCCCAAUUUUUCCGGAACGAUUUUUGGUAUCGCCAAUACACUUAGCUCGUUUGGUGGAUUUCUUAGUAGUUUCAUAGUUGGUACAAUUACCUAUCAGAAUCAAACAUAUGAACAAUGGAGAAAAAUAUUUUGGAUUCUCGCUGGUACUUACUGUACAGGUGCUUUGGCCUUCGCAUUCCUUGGCACGGGAAAUUUACAAAAAUGGAAUUAUCCUGAUACUAAGAGUUAUGAAAAAAAUAAGACUAAUAUAGAAAACAACGGUGACGCUGAAAUUACUGAACCACUGAAUAAUAAAACGCUUUCGUAAAAUUAAAAGAUAAUUCAAAUUCGUACCUUCCCAAAGAAUUUCAAAUGAUCGACUGAUAUUAAUAGUGAGCAAACAUAUAACAAGCUAUGUCAAAGUUAAGAAAAAAUAUCCUUGUAUAUAUACUUAGUAUAUUACUUUCUGUUGACACUGAUUGGUACGUUACGAUUUCAAACGAAUCCAAACAAAAAAAAAAAGAUAUAAUUCUAAUAACUU